AUGGUGGACGGAAAGCGCGCCUUUGCGAUCCGGAUGCGAAGCAAGAGCAACCACAACACGGGCACGGCGUUGGGGCGUAAUUCGCGCAAAAACUACCACCAUAUGCACCAGGAGGGCGUCGGUGGUAUGGUGCGCAACCCACCCGUGCCAGAUAUUCAACCUCCGAGACCGAUCGGGUGGAGUGUGGAUGGACACUCGAACCCAAUGGGACCCCCACCGGCGUACCCGGGACUAGGACACCACGCCGUACCGGCCGGUGGAGCACCACCGGCGUACUCACACUCGAAGAUCAACCCACCGAGCUACGCGGAAGCCGUCGGAGGACAUCAUCAGCAUGCGUACGCGGCUGCGGCUCCACUUGUCGGACCACGGCAUUAUGACUACAACCACAACAGCGCGCUGUAUGGGGACUCGAACGCGAUCGGAUCGAGCUAUGGGUCGAGCUACGGGUAUCACCAGCGUGGUUCGAGUCCGUUCAGCAUGGGAAGUAUCCUGACCGGAGCAGCUCUCUGGCAUGUGGCGCAUGGGAUCGGACAUCACCAUCACCACCAUCGGCAUCAGCUCGGUGGUGCGGGUGAACACGGGACGACCUCGGAGGAGCACUACUUCCACCACAACCACCAUACGCACCACGGGGAGGGCGAAACGAGCACGUUGCCACCGGAAGUGGAAAACCCGCACAUCCAGGUGAACGCCAACUUCGACUUUGGGCCAUCACCGAACCCACAGGAAGUGCCACCGCACGAGGAUGCGACGAGUGAACCGACGCACGCGGCUAGCAGCACCGAAACGUGA